CUAGUGCUUAUGUGUUGGAUGAAAACACAACGUGCCGGUGUGAUAACCUCCCAGCCCCCCAGACACACCUGAUAAUUAAUCAGGGCGAUUGUUAGAUUGAACGAGUGAUCGAGUGUCCACGAUGGACACAGCCACAGCCUGGACCGAAGUGUCCCAGAUAUGGAAGGAGAACAGACACGAAUUGGUGCUCUCAGGGGCCAAAGUGUCCCAGAGAAUAGCUGAAAAGGGCCUGGACAACAAUAUCUUCCACCUCCAGGGGCUGAACUACCUGAACAUCAGCCAGACCUCCCUGGAGACGAUCCCCCAGGACAUCUCGAGGCUGGAGAACCUGACGACCCUUGUCCUCCACUCCAACAGGAUCUCCAGCAUUCCGGAGGAGAUCAAGGCCCUGACGAAGCUGAAGGUCAUCGACUGCUCCAGGAAUCAGCUGAAGGACGUCCCAGAGGAGCUCUCCAACUUCCCUCAACUCAUGACCAUCAACUUUGGGUCUAACAUGCUCGACCAUCUGCCCUGUCAGAGGAUGAAUGUCAAGCUGGCGGCUCUGGACCUCUCCAAUAAUCAGUUCGAGGUGUUCCCGGACGUCUGCUAUGCUGAGCUCGUGCAUCUCGCUGAGAUCAGGGUCAAUGGGAACAGGAUCACGGAGAUCCCUGGGGGAAUCAAGGUCCUGCCUUCGUUGAAGCUACUCGACUUGGCUGAUAAUUGCAUUGCAGAUGUACCUAGAGAGUUGGCAGAUUGCCUAAAGCUGAAAGAACUAAAUCUAAAAGGAAAUAAACUUCACGACAAGAGGCUCCACAAGCUCGUGGACCAGUGCAGAACGAAACAAGUCCUUGAUUACGUCAAGCAACAUGGCGCCAAGUCAGAGAGCUCCUCCGGCCAGUCCGGGAAGGGCAAGAAGGAUAAAAAAGGGAGUAAAACCUCAGAGAGUGAACAUUCCGCCCAAGAGGUCGAGGCACUCACGCAUCAGCUGACUGUCUUCAGGGUGUCUGAUGACAGCAGGGUCAUCAAGAUCCUGGAGAACGUGAAGUCAGUGAGACCUCACAUCGUCUGCUGCAUUGUUCGUAAUCUCAAUUUCACUGACGAGAACUUCAAGAGGUUCAUUCAACUGCAGACGAAAUUGCAUGAGGGAAUCUGUGAGAAGCGAAAUGCAGCUACUCUGGCGACACAUGAUUUGGAUUUAAUUGUGCCAG